AUGUCUUCCGAUCAGGCCCGUUCCGAGUCCGGAUCUGCUCACCCUGGCCCGGUACCCGAGAUCCGGCGGGAGCCACAGCAUCUCCGGCUGCACCAGGAUCCGUCCAUGGUCAAACUCACCAGAGGGACGAGCUGCGUGCUCUGUCAGCAGCGCAAGGUACGCUGUGAUAAGAACAAGCCGUGUGCCAACUGCCUUAAGGCCGGCGCGGAGUGCAAGGUGAUUCCUCCGCAGCCGCCAAGACGGCGCAAGAAGCGGCUGCAGGACAAGGAUCUUGUCCAACGACUGAAGAAAUACGAGGCCUUGCUAGCCGAGCACGGAGUCAAGUUCGAUGCUAUUGGCCAUGGCAUCAGGAGUCAAGGUUCGCAUAAUGACGAACUGGACGACUUGGAGAAUGACUUUGAGGAGUUGAAGACGAGUCCGGCUGCGAGUACGUCGCCCUCUGCAACUUCGCACAUUGACAAGCCAGGACGCACGUCAAUAUUCUCCCUUGAUAGACAGUUUCGGGCGAGUGAUCAACUCCUCCAUGACUCCUCAGACGACGACGCCGACGAAUCCACCAUCAACCGGGCUUUCGACAAGAUGUUCUCCAACGACGACGGCUUCCCCUUUGUCUUUUCUGGCCGCCAGGAAUCCACCACCCACUACCACCCGCCUGCUAUUCACAUCUUUCAGCUGUGGCAAAUCUACAUUGACAACAUCAACCCACUGCUCAAGGUCACCCACGUCCCCAGCGUCCAGGGCCAGAUCAUCCAGGCAUCUUCCAACCUGGAAAAGGCCCCCAGGAACAUCGAGGCCCUCAUGUUUGGCAUCUACUGCAUGGCCGUCACUUCGAUGGAGGACGCCGACGUGGAGAAGAUGCUCGGUCGGCCCAAGAGGGAAGUGCUGGCCCAGUUCUUCGAAGGGCUGCAGCAGGCACUGCUCAACGCAGGGCUCAUGCGGUUCAACGACUUGAUUUCCCUGCAAGCCUAUGUUUUAUACUUGUUCGCCAUCCGAUGGUUCGUCGAUCCCCGCCAAGUCUUUUGCCUCAUCGGCAUAGCCGUGCGCAUAGCUCAGAGAAUGGGCCUUCACCGCGACCCGGCCGGCUACGGCCUCCCGCCCUUGGAGACGGAGCAGCGUCGCCGGCUCUGGUGGACCAUUGUCAGCUACGACCGUCGCAUAGGCGAGAUGACGGGCUCGACAAUCACCGGCCUCUCCUGCGGCGGCGACUGCAAACUGCCCCUCAACGUCAACGACUCGGACCUCCACGUCGACGGCAAAGAGCUCCCCUCGCCGCACAACGGCCCAACCGAGAUGCUCUUCGCCCUGACGCGGCUGGAAAUCGCAAUGGCCGUCGUCAGCAACUCCAGCCGCGACAGCGCCAACACCAACAACCCCGACAAACCGAGCCCGUCGUCCCCUUCGCCAAGCUCCAAACAGUCCCCGGCGCCCCCGACGAUUCGCAUCGCCGGCCAAGACUCUCCCUCGUACACCCUCGAAGGCUUCUGCGCCCACAUGGAAGGCACAUACCUCCAGCACUGCGACCCCAGGGUCCCCCUGCACUUCUUCACGCUCACCAUGACCAGGCAGACGCUUUCGAAAAUGCGCGUCGUCACCUACCUCGUGCGCAUGUACGGCACCGACGAGCCCCUCGACGACGUGGAACGCGACAACCUGCUCCUCCUGUGCGUGCAAAUGGUCGAGUACGACAACGUCGUCCAUGCAUCACACUCGCUCAAGCCCUUCAAAUGGUUUACCGCGCACCACUUCCCCUUCCCGGCCUACAUGUUUCUCAGCCAGGAGCUCCGUCGGCGGUGUGUCGGCCCCGUCGUCGAACGCGCCUGGGAGGCCAUCGCCGCCAACCACACAUUGCGCGGGUUGAUGAACAACCUCCAUAGUCCGAUGCACGCCGCCUUUGGGCGACACUUUAUCAAGGCGUGGGACGCACACGCCGAGGCCUACACCGCCAACGGCAAAGGGUCCCCCCCGGUCCCGUCCUUCAUCGCCGUCCUCCGCGACAGGGCCGAGCUUCGACGCAGGGAAAAGACGAAGAAUCAACCCGAGCCGGAGAUGCAACAGGAGCCGUACGACCUGCCUCGUCCGCGGCAGGGCGCGUCGCCCGAUGCGAACGUCACCGUUAUGGGGCCGCCCUUGGCAAUCAACGCCCCCAGCAGCUUCGGCUUGGGGGACCCGCCGGUGCAGGGUGCCUCGGAUAUGGAUUGGAGUUAUUUGAUGAACAGUCUUCAGCCGAGCAUGACUUUUGGGGACGGGUAUCAGGGCUUCGACAACUUUGGGCCGUUUGAGUCUGGGCCCGGGAUGACUAGGAUGGGCGGCGGCUUGGGGGACCCCGGCCCUGGUGGCGUGUAUUACUGA